AUGCCGCUCACGCUGGCGUUCCGCGCGCGGGAUGCGAGUUCGGCGGGGCCGUCGUCGUUGGUGGUGAGCCGGGGUAGGGAUUCCGGUGACUCCUCCUCCUCCUCCUCCUCCUCUUCUUCGUCUUCUUCCUCCUCCUCAUCAUCAUCAUCAUCAUCGUCGUCUGAGUCUUCGUCUGGAUCGAGAUCAAGCUCGAAUUCGAGAUCGAGUUCGAGGGUGGGGAAGAGGAAGGGGAAGGGGGCUGGUUCUGCGUUGGGAUCGGACAAGGACAAGGAUGAGGGGAGAGCGGGUGCGACGAAGGCGAAGGCGAAGGCGAAGGCGAAGGCGGGCAGGGGUGCGAGGGGCGGUACGCGCGCUUCGUCGGCGGUGUCUGGGGUUGCUGGGCCCAGCGCGAGUGCGGGCGCUAGCACGAGUACGGGCGCUGGUGCCGGUACGGGUACGGGUGCGGGUGCGGGUGCGACGACGGUGAAACAUCGGAUGAAAGGGUACGAAUACGAUUAUGGCAAGAACAAAAAGUCGACCGUGUCUGGGUCUGCUUCUGGGUCUACUUCUACUACAGCGAAUGCGAAUGCGACGCCGUGGAGGCAUCCGUCGGAGCUGCCGUAUGUGCGCGAGGCGCCGUGGACGCAGGAUAUGAUGGUGGAGUAUAUGAGGUACCAUGCGUUUAGUGUGCCGGGGAGAGAUGCGAGUAGUGCGGUGCAGCUUGUGCCGGUGUUGCUUUGGGGUGUGUUGGCUGCUUUUGUGGGAGGCGGCGGGGGUGCUGGUGUUGGGGGUGGUGGGGGCGAGUUGGAGGGUAUGCGGAUGGAUGUGGAUGGGCCUGUGUCUGUAUCUGAGUCCCAGCAGCAGCAGACACCAGCGCGCCCGGCGCUCUCGGCUGAGAAUGUCGUGGUGUGGUUGCCGAGAGGGUAUAGAGUCCCGUUGAUGUUCAUCGCGAAAUUCCAAUGGGAAUCUCUACGUCUCGUCUUGACAGCCCCGGACCCAGACGCGGAUUGGGCGUCGUUCAAAUACAACCUUAUCCACCUCGCACGGAUAUGCCAGCAUCUUUUCCUCCAGGCCCGUCUCGCGCGUGCGCAGGCCAUUGCGCGGGUCAGAGAGAGUACGGUGGCGAGUGUGGUUAAAGCUAGAGAGAAGGCGAAGAGUGAGAGGGAGUUGGCGAUUAUUGGGGGGUUUGAUAAGGGCUGGAGGUGUGAGAUGUUUGAUAGGUUGUUGGUGAGGUUUUAUCAGAGGUGGUUUUUGAGUGAGGAUAGGUGGUUGAGGAAGUUUUGGGAGGAGUUUGAUGAGGAGGAGUAUGAGAGUGAUGUUGUUAAGCAUGACUGGGCGCGAUGGGCGAUAAAAGGCCAUGCUGGGUUCAGCCUCUCCAAAGAGGAGCUUCAAAAUGGUAUAACAGCCGAAGAGUUCAUGCGCGGGCUUGCGAAAAUCACCGUUGUCGAUUCGAGUGCUGCACCUGAUAAUAACACCACUGCAAAUGCCAAUGAUGCGACGGCCACAGACACAAAUACAGACACGAACACGAGCGCCAAGACGUCGACGAAGUGGGUGUGGGACCCGACGGCACCUGCGCCUGCGCUCCCUCCGCUCCCUAGCGCGCAGGAGAUCGAGAGGAGCGGGUUGAGCCAGGUGUUGGAGAAUGUGAUUGUGAAGAAGGAAGUCAUUGAGCAGGUGCUUUCAGCGCAGGAUGUUGCAGAACCUUCGACUUCGACUUCGACUUUGUCGACGAUAGAUCCUUCGAUUAGCCAGCCGCAGCCGCUGCGGAUUGACGCGGCGCUCGUUGCAAAGUUUGCGGAGAUCACGAACGCGCAGGGGGCUGUUACCGCCCCGCCGCCUCUGACGCCCAAGAAGUCGAAGAAGGAGAAACAUAAAGGCACAGAAAAAGACAAGGAGAAGGAGAAGGAGAAAGAGAAAGAUCCAGACAAGGAGAAAAGUCCGGAGAAAGACAAAGGCAAGGGUAAAGGCAAGGAGGACGAGAGUGAGCAGGCAGUAACGCUCGGGACACGGAGAGGAAGGGUUAUGUCUUCGCCUUUGAUGCUUUCCGAGCCGAAGGACAAGGGUAAGGGCAAGGAGAAGGAGAAGGAAAGGGAUAGCGGGCAGGAGCAAGAUAAAGGCCAGGAGAGGGGUAAGGGGAAAGGCAAGGAGAGAGAAGAGAGAAAGGUGGUGGUUGAAAUUGCGUCGGGUCGAAAGCGCCGCCUGGAGGAUGCAGAUAGUGCGAGUGCGAGCGGGAGUAAGCGCCGGAAGGAGGAUGGAGAUGCUGACGCGGAACAAGAGCAAGAAAGAGUUCCCAGACGUCCACCCCCUAUAAUGGCGCAGGCCAGAAUGCCCGAAUACGUGCGGAAGCUGGAACGGGAGAUGAUCAAGGAGAGGGAACACAAGCGGAAGCUCGAGGAGAGGAAGCGCCAGCGGAAGCUCGAGCGGAAGGAGCUCCGCGACAGGCAGUUGGGGCGCACGCCCGCGUCGGCGUCGACGGCGCUCUCGCCUGAUUCGACGUCUGCGGCGCCGGUGCUCUCGCCUGAUUCGACGUCUGCGGCGCCGGUGCUCUCGCCUGCGUCUGCGUCUGCGUCGGCACCAGUACCGGCUCCUUCGUCUAUGUUUGCGUCUAUUUCGGCGGCGACACCAGGGUUGAAGUUGAGGAUGAAAGGUGUCUCGCCUGUGAAGAGCAAGAUGAAGCAGGCAACGCGGAGGCAAGAUACAGGUGCGAGUGCGCGUGCGCGUGCGAGUACGAGCGCGAGUGCGAUUGGACUGUCGCCUAUGGAGGGCGUAGAGUCGACUGCACCGACGCCGAUGUCGACAGCGACGCCUGCUCUGACUCAGAUAGUUCUCAACUCGCCCACUCCUCCGCCAGCGCCAGUCGCAACGACGACACCGACAGUAGCAGCGAUAACGACGACCUCGACCACGACCACGACCACAACAGCAACGACUUCCACGUCGGCUUCGGGCAGUACACCCACGCCUGUGGCCGCGCCCAAGACGCCUUCGUCGACUGCGUCCACGCCGACCCCGCCUCCGCCACCUAUCACCAACGGCACGGCGAAGCCUGCGUCUGGUACAGUGUCCACAACAAAGCCUGCGGUGCCUGCGGGCAAGAGGGCGGCGAUCUUUUUGGGAGAUAAAGGGUCGGUCAGUUUUGCGGGCACCAGUGCCAGUGGAAGCAGCGGUGCGGGAAGUUCGGACAGCGCGAGCGCGAAUGCGAAUGCGAUGCAACUCGCAACGGCGUCGCCUGGGCCUAGUGCAUCGACUCAGCCAGCUACUGAAGGUGCGGCUACGGCUGCUACUGCUACCGCGACCACGCCAACGCCAAUACCAAUGCAGAAGCAUGCUACUCCAGCUCCACCUGGGGUCGCGCCACAGUCUACCAGUUCCUCUUUAGUUACGAGUGCAGCAAAGCCCAAAGCGGGGCCGUCGCCGCCGCCUCCUGCUGGUUCAUCGUCCUCGGCGGCGGCUGGGGUAGGAGGACAGGCGACGCUGGCGGCUAUCAUCAACGACGCGCUGAUGCGCUCUGUACAGGGCCUACAAGCGCAACUGCAACAGGAAGCUGCGUUGGCUUCUACAACUACCCCGACUUCGACUAACGCUGGUGCUGCUGCUGCUGCUACUACCACUGCGUCUUCCGGCGCGACUGCGACUUCAUCUGUGUCAGCGGGAGCAGGCGGACAGGCGGGAAAGAGCAAGCUUACGCUGACGCAGGAGCAGCUUGCCACGUUGAAUAUGAUGGCGAAGAUUAUUGGCACGAGCAGGAUGGGUCCGCCGACGCCGACGCCGACGUCGACGCCUGCUCUUGUUUCUACGCCUGCCCCUGCGCCUGUUUCGACGUCUACGUCUACGUCGGGGGCGAGUGCGGGGUCCAGUGUGGGGUCUAGUGUUGCGCCGGUAUCUACUGCUGGUGCUACACCCGUACUGGGCCCGUCAAAUGUAAAUGCGAACUUUGGUGCAAGUGCGGGUGGGGGUGGGAGCAGUAUACGGGCGAGUCCGGCUGCUCCUACACCCACCCCCACGACGGCGACGGCCACGACGACGACGGUGACGACAGCGACUAGUUCUAGCUCUGGCGCAAAGCCAGCUAUCACUACCAGCACCGCUGGCAAAGCUCCUACAAUUUCGAAUGCGAAUGCGAACGCGAACGCGAGUUCAAGCGGGAAGCCUGCCCCAGCUCCUCUCCCGCGCGUCGGCCUGUCGAACGCGGCACAGGCGCAGACGGUCGUUUCGUCGACUGCGGUGUUGGCGGGUGUCAGUGCGGCUCAUCAGCAAUCUUCUUCCUCUUCCUCUUCUUUUUCUGCUGCUGCUGCUGGACGAGGUGGGACGGCCAAUAUGGGUCAAGCGCAAGCGCAAGUUCAAGGCAAAGGGCAGCAGACGGUGCCUCUGCCUAUGUCGAAGUUGGUUAGGAGUGCUGUGGAUAGUGUUGCCGCUGGAAGUGGAAGUGCGAUGCAAGUCGACGGUCCUCCUCCUCCUGUGUCUGCGUCUGCCGGAGCGCCAGCGAGACUCCCGCAGGCGCCGCAGGAUGAUGCGAUGAAGAUGGAUGUGGACAAUGACAAUGACACAGAUGUGGGAAGGACGCGUGCGUCUCGGGCUUUGACGUCGACAGCUGCUAGACCAGGGCGUUUAAAUCUGCCUCCCAUACCGAUACCGAUACCGACUCCCGCAAACGCUUCAGCUCCUACGCCGCUUCCCGGCACAACGACGAUGACGUCGCUGUCGAGUUCGUUUGCGGACGACGCGGCCAAUUCGGUAGGGUUGUUGAUGACGCCGGGGAAUAGGACCAAGUCGCUGCAUAUGCUGAUGUUGUUGAGGGAUCUGCUGCACUUUUUGAGGGUGCCGGGGUGGGGUGGAAAUUUGAGGGAUGUGUUGGUAGAGAUGGGGGUGCAUUUGGUCGGACCGGAGGAGAGCGCGGGUGCGGGUGAGGAUGUGUCUUCGUCUUCAGCUCAGGCUGCGGGAUCUGCGAUGACGACGACGGCAGCCACGACGACCACGACGGCGACUACAACCAGAACAUCAGGAGCCACAACACCACCCACCCAACUGCAGCUCAACGCGGCUCUCUCAGCCGUCCUCGACGCGCGGCGCCCACAGCUGGACGAAGACGAGCCGUUAACGGUCGACCAGCGCCUCGACAUGCUCGCACACGCGUCCGUCGCGCUCGCGAAGGUGCUUUUCCCGUUUCGUGGGGACGAGCUCGAGCUGCGGAUCGCGUCGCUCGAUGGGAGGCUGCAGCAGCAAUUCGAGUCGUUGUGGAAUUCGGAGGAGAGGGGCGAGGUGGAGGUGGCGCGGGCGUUGGGGAAUGGGCAUGUGUUGUUGGGGGCUGCUUCUGCUGCCGCUGCCGCGGCCCUGACGGGUACACCUGAGCCAGGGUUCCGUCCACCUGCCAGUGCGUUUGCGAACGAGGAGGUGAGGCAAGAGAGGAGUCUGUUCCAGAGGGGAGUGCAAACGGAAGAAGGGGAGGGGGCACAGGGACAUGUUGUUGUGGUUGAGAGAGAGUUUGUUGAGCAGGAUGUGCAAGCGUUUAUUGAGGAGGUGAUCGAACCUGUUCCGGGGGUUGUAGGCCAGGAAGCUGGGGUGCAGACUGACGAGGUGGAAAAGGAGAAAGAGAAGGAGGUUGUGUAUGUCACUUCGGACGCUUCUGCGCCGCGUCCUGUGGUCCCGCAGACGCCAACAGCAAAAGCGAUGAAGCUUAUCAUGCGGAACAUUGCAGAUCUGCUCGAGUCGACGUCGCUUGAUGAUUCUGCCAAGGUGUCUGGAUCCAGUUCGAGUGUGAAGGGGAAGGACAAGGGUAAAGGCAAAGGCAAAGAACGUGAGCGGGCGUUGAGUGUUGGAGAUGUGGAUAUGGUGCCUGUUGGUUCUGCGGCACUGCAUGGCACGGUGCCAGUGCCGGUGUCGGUGCCGGUGUCGUCGGCGUCGCCUGUGGUGGAUGCGAUUGUGAGCGAGAUCAAGGCGAUCAAAGACGAACUCAGGCAGAGCCAGCAGCAGACGAUUGAGCAGCUGGCGGCGGUGCAUCGGGAGGAGCUGGCGGCGCUGAAGGAGGAGAUGAAGGGUCGUGAGGAGAGGGUUCGUGAUGAGGCAGAGGAAAUAAAGAAGAGAUAUCGCGAGGAUGCGGAGAGGGGGCGUGAGGAGAUAGAAGAGAUGAAGAAAAGGCAUCGUGAGGAGGUUGAGAGGUUGCUUGAAAGUGUCCGGAUUAUGGAGAGGGAACGAGAGAGAUUUGGAGGGAAGGGGAAGGGUAAAGACAGAGAGAUGAGCAAGAUGGAAGAUGAUGGAGAAGAGGAUGAGGAAGAUGAGGAAGGUGGACAUGGCACGAUCCCUGCCCUUGAGUUGCGAGAACUCUGUCGAAGAGUAUCGUCGCUGGAAGCCCGGACGUCGUCGCAAGAUAUUAUGAGCUCGGCGUCUGUCGCCUCGCCGUCCGUGAGCCACUUCUCGCUCGACAACAGCAUCAGCCAGAACGGACGACAGCGCCAACACCAACACCAACACCAACAAUCACUAGGCGGCUCCCACCCACUUGCACAUUUGAUGACACACGAUUUCGAAGAUACGCCGAGCGUCGCGAGUCCUGCGCCCAUGUCGGCGUCUACGUCCGGGCGCCAGUUUUGGAGGGAGAAUUCGACGCCGAAUCCUGGGACGCCCAUUUCGAGUUCUGGCGCUGCUCCGUUCAGUCAUCCGUAUCGGUAUGAUGGGGGCAUGGAUCUGGACGAUAGUAUCCCGCUGCCUGCGAAAUCGCAGAGGAAGAUGGCGCUGUUGAUGUUCCCGCGACCUUCAACGGGAUCGUCAACGGGAUAG